GUAGAGUGACUCUAGGGGCGCAUGAGCGCAGCGCGCAGCGGGCUGCCGGGUGGCGCGGAACUGCUGCGCAGCUCGCGGGGGCAGUAAGCCGGCACCGCGCUGGCUGGGCCCGCGGCCGCAGGUUUCUGAGAUGGUAACGCAUGCAAGCUCCGGAUUCCUGUACAGGAUGCAUCCUCACUAAGUGAGACUCGGUUUUCUGGCUGGUUUCUGAUGCUAAAUGAGUUCAACUGGGCGAAGCACGCAUUCUCACAAAAGCAGAGCGCACAGUUUAAAUUCCCUUCCUUGCUAAUUGGAGAAGAUUUUAAAUACAUGAAGGAACCAGAGUUUGACUAAAUUGCUUAUACAUUUCUUCGCACAUGCAGCAUUGGGGGGAAAAGGACUGCCUCUGAAUCGCAGUCCAGAAAGAAGAAAUAAUCAUUUUGAUUUAAGUUGAACAUUUGUCUCUAAGAUUAAGAAAACCGCCAUGCCCGUGCUUUCAGAAGACUCAGGAUUACACGAAACUUUGGCUCUGUUGACCUCUCAACUAAGACCUGACUCAAAUCAUAAAGAGGAAAUGGGAUUCCUUCGGGAUGUCUUCAGUGAAAAGAGUCUCAGUUACCUAAUGAAGAUUCAUGAAAAACUCCGUCAUUAUGAAAGACAGAGUCCAACUCCUGUUUUACACAGUGCAGCAGGAUUAGUCGAAGAUGUAAUAGAAGAAUUGCAGACAGCACCAGUGAAUAAUGAAGAAAAAGAGCUACUUCAGCUGUUGUCAACACCACAUCUCAGGGCAAUGCUUGUCGUACACGACACUGUAGCACAGAAGAACUUUGAUCCAGUCCUUCCACCUCUGCCCGAUAACUUUGAUGAUGAUUUUGAUGAAGAAUCGGUGAAAAUUGUUCGGCUAGUGAAAAAUAAAGAACCUUUGGGAGCUACCAUCAGAAGAGAUGAGCAUACAGGGGCUGUGAUUGUAGCAAGGAUCAUGAGAGGUGGUGCAGCUGAUCGCAGUGGUCUUGUCCAUGUUGGAGAUGAACUGAGAGAAGUCAAUGGUAUUGCUGUGCUUCACAAACGACCCGAAGAAAUUAGUCAGAUUUUGGCUCAGUCUCAGGGAUCAAUAAUAUUAAAAAUAAUUCCAGCUAUCAAAGAAGAAGAUCGUCUAAAGGACAGCAAGGUUUUUAUGAGGGCACUUUUCUGCUAUAAUCCCAAAGAAGACAGAGCCAUUCCCUGCCAAGAGGCUGGGCUGCCAUUUAAGAAACGACACAUCCUGGAAGUUGUAAGCCAAGAUGAUCCCACAUGGUGGCAAGCAAAGCGUGUUGGAGAUACCAACCUCAGGGCAGGCUUGAUCCCCUCAAAGCAAUUCCAAGAAAGACGACUGAGUUACAGAAGAACUGUAGGCACUCUGCAGAAUGCCAAAACUGUGAAGAAGCCACUGUAUGAUCAGUCUUCUGAUAAAGAGGACUGUGACUGUGAAGGAUAUUUCAACGGGCAGUACAUAGCUGGCUUACGCAGGAGCUUUAGAUUAAGUCGUAAAGAGAAGGAGAACAAUCAAAAUGAAGCAAAGCAAGCAGAGCAGGCAGACACAGCAGAGCUGCUAACAUAUGAAGAAGUCACUAAAUAUCAACAGCAGCCGGGUGAACAGCAGAGAUUGGUUGUUUUGAUUGGUUGUUUGGGGGCCAAAUUAAAUGAGCUCAAGCAGAAGGUUGUGUCAGAGAACCCGCAGGAGUAUGGUGUUGCAGUUCCACAUACAACCAGGUCAAAGAAAAGUCAUGAGAAGGAGGGAGUAGAAUACAAUUUUGUGUCUAAGCAAUCAUUUGAGACAGAUGUCCAACAAAACAAAUUUGUGGAACAUGGAGAAUACAAAGAAAAUCUGUACGGCACAAGUCUGGAGGCAAUCCGGUCCGUGAUGGCCAAAAAGAAGGUUUGUUUGGUGGAUGUGGUACCUGAAGCAGUGAAGCACCUGAGGACUCCUGAGUUUAAGCCUUAUGUUAUCUUUGUGAAGCCUCUCAUUCCAGAGAAGAAAAAGCAUGCUCUAAAAUCUCCUGUGUCAGAAGAACUCUCAACCCCCCUUCAGGAUGAAGAACAGCAGGAAAUUAUUAAUUCAGCAGCAUUCAUUGAAGAGCAGUAUGGCCAUUUAAUUGACACUAUACUGGUGAAAGAAGAUCUCCAGAGUGCAUGUAAUCAGCUGAAAACUGUGCUAGAGACACUAAACAAGGAUUCAUUUUGGGUGCCAGUCAACUGGGUUAGGUCAUAGCCAGUUACCGUCUGCUUAAAGGACGGACUGAAUAAGUGUCUUGUAAAUAUGUGAAUUAUAAAAGGGAAACGUCAUUCACUUCAAAGCUGCCAUUCUAACUAGAAAAUAACAUAUAGAAACUGUAUUAGAAGAACUAAACAAAGUAAGUCAGAAGCAGACACUGCCUUCCUGAAUCAGAAUUUUUUGUGGUAGCUGUCAUUCAAAACUGAACACUCAGUCUAAACAGAUUAGUAAAAGAUUUGGAGUGACUUUUAGACUGUAAGUGAUGCAUUUUGUAAGGUAAAACUUCACAGAGGGUCCCACACUUUCAAAGCAUUUAAGCAGUGCCUGGACCCUAACAAUCUGGAAUUCUCAGCCUCUGGCCAAAUAGUACUGUGUGGCUAGAGUUAAGGCAUCCCAAACUAGGUACUUUUCAGGGAUCAGUCUACCUACAGAACAAGCUACUUAAACUAGGUGGGAGGGAUAUCCUUUGGAGAGUGCUUACACCAUUUCAGCUGCUUAGAAAUUCAGCUGGCUGAAAGGUCAGCAAGACAUGUUUCCCUUCUCAGAAUCAUUAGUUGCAAAUCCUUUCCAAUUAGGAACCAAACUAGGUCAGCUAUGUAAGUUGUAUAUAUUUUAGCAGCUGAAAGAGGGGGGGUUCUCAAUGCCCAUCCCACAUUUCCCAGGGCUUCUGGUUGUCUUGCACGGGUAGUCUGCUCAUCCAUAGCUUAUGCCCACUUUCCCAGUCUCUUCCUGCUGACACAGGCCAAACAUUAAGCAACCUGUGAACACACCUGUGUGACUAUCCAUCUCAUAAUAAACUGGAGAUGUUCUUUUGCCUACGUGAAAAUUACUCUAUGUGACUUGAGACAGGCCUUCAAGAAGCUUCUUAUCCGCAAGGCACCGUUAGAAAUGCCACCUGAUGGGAUACUAGACGGACACCAACAUAGCAGCUCCAAAGAGGGCACUAAAAUGAGGAUACUAUGUAUCUGAGCUACAGCACCAAAUCUUCAUCCUUACAGCAGUUACAGAUGCCUUUGUUUCAACUCUGGUGAAGGGUUCCAGAGUAUGUAGUAGGCCACAUCAAGUCCUGAAGAGGAAAUCUUAACAGUUACAGGAUUUUGCAGAUAUUUCAGAAGACUUGAAUAUGCAGGAUUUUUAGGCAGGUAUAAAUAAGAAAAUGCAGAGAUACAGUUCUGAAAGCGCCUAUGCUUUAAAAGUCAUUGUUUGAUAGAUUUAUGAGUAUUGUGCAGGUCUACAUUAGAUAAAAUCAGUUGCUGUUUUCCUUUGCCUACUGAAUUGUAAUCUUUCAUACUUGCUCUGCCCUUUAAUAACAUCUUCUAAUGCACCAAUCCCAUUCUUUGCAUUUUAACACUAUCAUAUAAUUCUUGUUCCAGCACAUUCACUAAAACUAAGAACACUUCAUAUUAAAAAGCACGUUUCUUAUAUGCCAGUGUCACUGACUCUACGCUAAGUCUUCUCAGCCCCAAAAGUUGUGUAGGACAGUCGCCCAUAUCUGUCUUCACCAAAAAGCUCUACCCUGGCAACUUUCAUGUGUCUUCCUGACUAUCGGUGUUCAGGUUCCCAUUCAUGCAAGAAUAGCACCAUUCACAAGCAGAUAGCUGCUCUGGCUUUUCAGAGCAGAUACACCACAAGACCAGUGGCCUCUCAGCAAGUGUACAAGGACUCCUUCAUAUGCUGAUUGCCCAUCAGCUCUGUUGUCACAUCGCUCCUGUCUUGGCCCAGCACAGCCAUCAAGGGUAAGUGGCUAACAAAAGAAACUCACUGGCCAAAUGAAUUUUGUGACAGAUGUACCUUUAUCCUAUGAACAAUAGAGAGUAAUACUUUAAAAACUAUUUCAAAUGAACGUUUCAAAUGAAGUAGCCUUACGAAAAUAUCAAAUAGGCAGAGAUGCCUUUGUAUAAAUUGACUGAUGUUGCCAUAGAUAUCUAUUACACAUUACAAACAGCUUUUUUAGUCUGCAAGACAUAAGCAUUUGUAGGGGAUAUAGAUAAAAUUAUUUAAGGGUCAGAAUUCACUCAAAGAUUACUAUCCAACCACUUAAAAAAUUCCAAAGGACUAGCAAUAAAUAAAUAGUUUGCGAGCUUUAUGAUCUAACAUAGUCUAAUGGGGAACUAUUAAGAGAAGCAAGGCAAAUGAAAUACACAGGUAUAAUUGAAGUUACAGUAACUGAAAACUUAAGAUGUUAACAUGUAAUAUUGCUGUUAAAACUGAACUGGAAUAGUAUUGGUUAAAUAAUCUUCUAAACUGUGUGCAGGUAGCAAAUUCUAGAUGAAUGAACAUUCACCUUGGUGUUAAGUUGUGGCACUGUCAGAAACGUUUGGUUUCUAGAUGCAGGGUUUUUUCUAGGUUCAAGGUAAAGAAUGGUGAGAGGAUAGGUAUAUAUAUGUUAAAGUUUGAGGGUAGCUAAGAUGAGCAUUACUUGCAGGGGAAGAAAAAAACACAUUGAAUGCUCCUAUUUAUUCUAAAAUCCUAGCAAAAGAGUAUGCAGCAGAUAGCUAACGUUAUCAGAACAAGACUGAUUCUGACAAGAUUUUGAGUCCCUGCUGUUAGUCGUGCCUGGUAUAUUCUCCUGCAAUUAGAGCAAAAAAAGGUGAGAAGAGAUUAUAAAGAAAAACAGAAUGCAAAUGUACUCUUAAUUCAAAGCCCUGCUUUGUGAGUAGUCCCAAGUCAUAGCAAACCAAACCUCCUCUCCCUUAUCCCUCUCCCUCCCUUGCUCACACUUACAAAUUAAUGUAGUCUUUCAUAUUUCUUUCUGUGAUUGAUAGUAUCAGAGGAUGAACCUUGGUUAAUGUCUGCACUGCCUGAAAUUUUCAGGCAGUCUUCUGUCCGUAUACUGACCAUAUCUGAAACUGCUUCCCUUUUGAAACUUAAGGUGUGUACAGUACAGCCAAGGAACAUUUCAGUCAAUGAGACCAAACGUACAUUCAGGUGGUUUUGAAGAAUCAUUUUCUCCAGCCAAAUUUGCAAUAGAAUUAAGAUGACAACUUCCUAUAAAAUAUAUCACUUUUCAUAUGAUCAUGAAAUGCACACAGAUUAGAUCCCUGAUAUCUCAAACAGCUUCUCAUGUGACAUGUGCAUUGCUUUAUAAAAUUAAACCUUCUGAGGUAAAACAGCAUACCUAGUUCUCUUGCGAGGUGAUAAGGUAUCGUGUCGUAUUCCGUAUGAAGUGCCCAGUGUUCUGCCAUAAAAAGAAAAAAAUGCCAUGGAUUUUGUCAUUGAGACUAAUUAGGCAUUACAAGAAAACUGUUAUGACUGUAAUUAAUAGAAGUACACUAUCUAAUUUUCAUCCUUUUUUACCUUCUCUUGCAUAUCCCCUUCUCUUUGUAUGCCAAUGAUUGAUUAGUGUUCUUAGUCCAGUCUCCUGUAGAUUACUUACUCAAUUCAGCAGUCAGUAGUUAUGCAGUGCCGAGUUGGCCAUAGGCUUUAGGAAUUUCAGUUUCUGAGACCUUGAGUUACAGUGUCUUCAUCCUAAUUGUCAGAGGUUCCAAGUCCCAGAAUGCUAGCAGAAUGAGUUAGCAGUAUAGUGCUAUCUUCACCUUUUAGCACCAAGCAAACAUGACUAGUCUGUGGCCAUCGACUGUAAUCAGAGAGUUAACUAAUGUGGUUUUUUUAAGCUUACUUGGAGCAUGAUACGCCUCAUGGAACAAGUGUGGCCAUGGUCAUUGCCACAGAGCAACCAGAGGAAGUAGUAUGUUUAAAAGUAUACCGACCUGCUGCACAGGGUCAUGGCAUUCUGAAAUGUUCUUAGUGUGGUUAGGGGAAAUGAACAAAUCCUGGGUUCUGCUUGAAUCACUUAAACUUCACAGGACAGAAGUGUGAGGCACUAAAGGCAUUUGGUCAUCAGGGUUCACAUCAGCUUCUUCAACUAAGGUCAAAUAAAACCACUGGCAGUCCAAAAAAACUUCCAGUAAUUGAAUUGUCCAAAAUGGGCUCAGAAAUUAAGUUUAAAAUACAAAAACUAAGCUAGUACAGUUACUGUGUAAAAAUUAGUAGCAUGUCUUCAACAUUUUUGCUUCUGAGAUGCUAUGCUUGUUCUUGCAUGUGUAAAGCUGUAACUUCAAACUGAAGAGUGAGUGAGAGGAGUUUAAUUCCAUUUACAGGAAAGUUAUUCUUAUCUUUUCAGAAUAGAAAACUAGCAUGCACUUUCACGGAAGCAUGAAGGAGAAAAUCCAUACACAAGGCUAUUCAUUAACAUGGACUGUAUGCUCUUCUUCUACCUCCUGCCUGAAAAUGUGCCCUAAAUUAUCAUACAGAUUAUUGAUACACAAUAUUUUAAUUAUUAGGUAUCAUUACUUUUUAUAACAAAUAUUAACUGCGCUUUUUUUUCCACUGAAGCCAGCUUAGUUUUUCUCUAGAAUGGGAUAAGAAGUAUAUAAGUUCAAAUAAUGCCCACCUUCAGGUGCUUUUUAAAACAAGCUAUCCAAGAUGCAUCACAUUAGUAUUUUACUCCAUUUAAAAAUACCUAAAAUUUGUUUUACUUCUUCAGAUAGCAUAGAAAAACUUGUUGCAGAGAACCUGAGGAGGAAUGAGGGGAAUAUGGUGCACAGCUCUAAAGAUGCUUUGCCUUACAGUUGUCAUCGCUAAUUGAGCAAAACCCACUGUAAAUUGUCUCGUAGUAAAAAAGACUGCAAUUAUAAAAACCUGUGAGCUUCUCAUAUUCUUAAUUAGCAAGUUGAAGAAGCAUAAGAAACCUGGCUAGAUUUCAGUGGCUUCAUAAACUUCCAGUAAAAUUUGACUGGAGUUGUUAUUGAAAUUAGGUUCCAUUUCUGUAAAGUGAAAGCAAGGCUCUCCUUUUGAUGAUCUUUAUAUAAAGAGACAGAACCUUGCAUUUAUUAUUCUACUGUACCUGAAAUUAAUAUUUUUGCUUGUGCACACGUAGGCAACAUGAAAAUUAAGGUUCGAAUGUAAUAUAAUGGCACACUUUUCUUUAUACUAAAAUAUUGGCAAUAUUCAUUGAGAAUACCAGAAUAAAAUUCAACUUCAGAAAGGCAGCCAUUACCACUAAGACUACCCAUCCUUUUUAUAUAUAGGCAGCUCUUCAACCCAGAUUUCUAACAUAAUUUUGUUUUAGGAAAUGCUCCCUUUUCUAAUUACCUAAUAUUUUCUGAUUAUUUUCUGAUUUAUUACGGUACAAUUUUUUCUAGUUCAGUAAUACAGACAGCUAAGUUGCUGCCAUUUUAAAGACAUCCCCACAGUAUUAAACUCUUCCCAUAUGUUUUCCUUAGUUUGAAGGUAUAAAGGAAUAAGGUACUAAACAAAAAUUAAUGUACGUGCCUGCCAACCGGUCUCAGACUUCUUAUGAUCAUAAGUAGGCUUACGGUCAACAAGCCUCUUCAGAACACCUUGGUUUUCCACAGUGAUCUUCACUAUUUCCCGGUUCUGCUUGUCUCUAUUUGAACUACAACCAAAAAUGAAUGAAAAUAAUUUUUAUUUUGGAAAAAAAUCAAUUUUCAGCACUUUCUUGUUAAUGCAAUCACAUUUGUAAGGCAAAUGUCAGACAGGUUGAACAAACUCAUUCCUCCCCUCCCUCCCAGCAACACCCCCUACCCCAAAUGGUGCCUUUCAGUGAAUCUUGCAGAGGUUGGCUUUGGUCAACAUUUCUGUAACAGCAGGACAAUGACUGAAUCUUUAUUGCGGCUCAUUGUCAUACCCUGUCCCUACACAGUUCUCUCUUAAUUCAGACUUACGUUACAUAAUUUCAGUUAAUGUAUUACAGUUUUCAGAACUGCAGGUACCUCCAAAUAGGUAAAGCAAUCUCAUGUACAAAGAUCUAAGAGAAUAGCUGUAUGCGGCAAGAAAGCAGCAACAGAACAGCUGUUAGGAAUAGGCAAGGGAAGACAAUGAUAAUACUUUGCUACUUGGCAAAAGAAUAUGUACCACAUGUGCAGACUCUUUCAGUGCAAAUAUAUGUGCAAGUAUACAAAUAGAAACCGGAAACAGCCUCACUGUCUUGCCCUAGAUGGCUGUUGUAAAAAGGAAUUGAGUGCGCGUGUGGGGAGGAACCGCAAUGACAAUGUUUGGAAUUGCAGUCCAUGCAUUCAAGCAGUUCAGGAAAAAAACUAGGAAAACUGAGGCUGGCAAAAAAAAAGAGGAGGAAAGCUAGUGAAAUCCCUACCAAGGAGCAAUAAUUCCAGUGUCUGGAUAGUAAAGGAAGAUGGGAAGCAUGAAUCUGUGAAAAAUGACAGUGGCUAGAGGAAGUUUAUGAAGAAGAAAGAAUGCAACACAAAAGCAUCUUAGUAGACACAUUUUGUGGUUCACUGAGUGUUUGUUGCAGGGAGGGGGGCGUAUGUGUGUGAGAGAGAUGGACGGACAUGUCCAAAGAGUCACAUUUUGCACAAAGAACAGACUAAGGGCAGAACUCCGUAGGAUACUGUGGCAGACAGGGCUGCAGAGAACUCGAGGAUGAGAAUGCAGUUGGGUUCCAAAAUAAAUGCAGAGAAUAAACUUUCACUUAAAAGGGAUUUAACUCUUGAGCAGAUGGGGUAGGAAGGUACUGCCACCUGAUAAAUGCUAAUUUAGCUUCCCUGUUAUUUAUAACCCCUUUUCAAGCAGAAAUAUUUCACCUCCAGGAGCUCCUCUGGGAGUAUAAUUUUGCCUGGGGCAGUGCAGCCUUGAAGAACAAUUCAGAGUGGAAAUUAAAGGCUGACAGCUAUAGUUCUGUUUUUUGUAAACUGUGAGUCCCUCCCCUAAAACUGCAUGGCACCCUUCCUACACAGAUGCGUACACGCACAGGAACUGCAGCAUUGUGCGUUCCUGGAACAAAUGGUAGUACCAGCUACCUCCUCCGAAAGCGCUCGUUCCAGCAGUCCACUUUCCCUGUCCCUCGGUGUAUCUCAGCUAGCCUCUCCAAGAGCUUCUUAUUAUCUCUUUCAAUUUGGCCAAUUCGCUUUUGAUCCUCCUGUGCCAGAGAUUCCAAGUUUGUAAUGUGCUUUAUAUUUUUCCUCAUGAAAAUCUUUACUGGGCUGGCCCUCACAGUUGUUAUGCUGCCCAUAUUCAUUGCCUGCAUAUAUUUUACACAUGGACAUACAUAUAAAAAAAUUUUAAAAAUCCCCUUACUUCUGCUCUCAACCAUUUCCAAAAUCACUAUGUUCUUGUUUUAUCACUGCUUCCUUGUUUUCCUUCUCCCACUGCUCUCCAUUUAUCUAUGUAUAUAAACAAACUAACAAGAUACAAAAGCAGGAUUACAUUCAAAAAAAAUUUUUUUCUGUCCUUAGCCUUUUUUGUUUAUUUUGUGACUCUCAAAGGCUGAAGAAAGCCCCCUGCUCUACAUUUACCUGAAGACUUUCCUGCUACUUGAGGCAUUAUUAUUAGGGGCAAGGGUGGGGGAGAACCACACAGUUAAAAAGUUAUCAAGUACCUGAAUCUUGCUUGGGUUAAAAUGUUGGUGGGUCUGUGCAUGUGGGGGCUUAUUAUCCACACGAAAUCUUGCUUAAAGAGAAAAAAAAAAAAGCUGUAUGUGGGGAAAAAAAAAAAAAAGUCUUAUGACACUACUGAGCCCCAAAUCCCUUCACCCAGCUUUUCCUUUGUCAGCAUCCCCCACAUACCAUGAAACAGCUUUUGCUGAGGAAAAGCACUACAGGGCUGCAUUCUUCCUGGACGCAGUGAAAACAGAAACAAUAUUUCAGGCAUGCAGUGACAGUAAGGCGAGUACUCAUUUCAGCACUACAGAACAGGAUCCUACUUUUCAGUAACAUUUUCUUACUUACACGCCAACCAAGUCAUACUGUGCCUAAACUGACAAUAAGUGAACUGCAAUGUGGUUUAGGGGUUUUCUGUCCACAAAAGCACAAGCUUGAACCAAAAUCUUCGCUUCAUCUCCUGUAUCAGUUUUAGCUCAUGUUUCAUCAGGAAGUCAAAUUCAUUUGAAAAUAGACAGCAUUCCACAAGUCUGCUUACUGACAUUAAUUAGCAUAUGGUCUUAGAACAUUUAGUUGUAAGGAGGACUUGCAUUUCCCAGCAGGAUGUCUACAAAUGUUUCAUUAUGAUCUCAGCUCCCAUUUUUCUACUUUUGUUUAAUUUAUAGUUUCUGAGAUGCUCAUCUAGUAGUUUUUCAGUAAAAAAAUAUCAGCUUCGUGUUAAAAAAAAAAACUAUUAACUGAAAUGUAGGGGUGCUAUAAUUUAAAAAAACACAUACCAAAUUCUAGCUUGUUCUUGUGAAUCAAGUAGCAGCACACAGCUUGCUCUUUAUGGCAGCUCUUUGCUUGCAACUGGCAACUAUGACAGGAUAGGCUAGAUACUGCACACUGCCCAUCUUUGCUUUUCUAACCUCCACUAUUGAGGAAGAUAAACCCUAUUACAAAUCUGACUGGCAGGAUCACUGAAAAUUGCCACAGAUACUGCUGCUAUGACAUCAGAAGCCAGUACAUGCCACAGGGAAAGUCCUGUGAGCAUGAACAGAUUGCUCUGGCAAAAUUAGACCACCAGAAGGUACCUUUUUCAUUACAUAUAAGUAUCCUGCAACAGGAACAGAAAUGCUUGAUUUCACAUUUUAUUUUGUAAAUCUGGAACUCUAUAGAGAUGUUUCUUGUAGCUACUAAUAGGAAUGAUUAUGAAUAUAUUACAUUACUACUUUCAGACCUGGCUAUGUUCAGAACUGAAUGAAAGACCCAUUGAUUUAGCUUGUUUCCCUCAGAAAUCACUAUGGUCAUCGCUAUAAACCAAACAAAUCCAUAAACUAAUCAAGAUGGGUUUUGUUUUGUUUUUCCCCCCAACUACAAGCAGAGGGAGCAUCCAUCGAGUAGGAGUGCAUUCACAGCAAACUGAAGCCCAGUAUGAAGGAAAAUGAUGUUCCUUUUAAAGGGGCAGCCAGCUGUUUAAUAUUCAAAAAAUAAGCCACUCUUAAAAAUGAGGCCAUACUGCCCUUCUAAGGCAGGCAGAUACCUGUUGCAGCAAAGACCAGCUAAGCAGUUUUGCCCACAUUCAACAGACAGCAACGGAACAUGUAGUCUUCUCUUCAGUCGCCUCCUUAUUCCCAGCAGACACACAGAAAAAAGUCGCUGCCUUUGUGACAGGAUCAGUGCAGAAGAGUCACAUGUGUCAUGAGAACAAAGCACAAGCAAAGAGCAGAGAAUGCACUAGGACCAUUACAUGGCCUGGUGAUCAGAAGUCAGUCAUCUCCACCUUCUCAUGACUCUUCUUCCUGGCCUGUCUACCUGGCUUUAUGUUUUUGUUAGUUGCCACGGCUUACCAGCUUCUCAAUUUGACUUCCUAGUUUUAUUUACUUGUGUCCAGGCUCUCCGUUUUUCACAUUUAUACCUGAGGACUCCAGACAAUCUUGUAUUAUGACAUGCUCACAUUUUGCAUAUGAACGCUCAGUAGCUUAAAACUCCAUACCCUCUGUGAGCUGUAUGCAGUGCGCCUAUCUAGAUGCUGUAGGUCACACCAGCAGAAACUGCUUUCUCGUUUAUUCUCUGACAAGCGGAUAUGAAUAGACAUUACUGCAAAGGGACACUUUAUAUACUGAAACCAAUAUGGAGAUGUAAGGAGCAGUCUUUCUGUAGACUGUAAGUAGAUACGUUUCCACAGCAUCUGCUAAGAACAUUAAAAGCCAUUAUAAGAUCCGACAACAUCUUCCUCAGACUAAGAUUUCAGCAGAGGGAAAUGCACAGGAAUGAUAUUGCAGCCACAUAGCCACUUACGUCCAUUGCAAGACAAACAGAAAUGGAUGCAAAAAUCUAAUACAUCAGGUAUUUCUAUACAAGUACUCUAGUGGCAGUGAUGUGCGCACGUGCACACACACGCACAUACUUUUCACAUAUGAAAGCAGCUCCAAGAAGAACAAAUUUGUGGAAAACAAGCUAGAAUAGCUCCAAAAUGAGGUAGAAGUUUAUACUUGUUUUAAGCCUUCUGUGUUGUAGUAGCACCCAUGACAAGUCACUGGUGUUAUUCAGGAAAGCACUCCUAUUACUACUUUAAAUUACCUUUAUAGCUAUGAAUCAUCAAAUUAUAUAACCUAAGACAGACAAGUCAGAACAAAGAAGUUAGUUUAUGUCCUGUAACAAAAGAGUGUCUUUGGAUCUGUUGCUUGUUUACAAGCGCUUCAGUUUAUGUUUUUAAUGUUGUCCCCAGAAUUCAAGUACUUUUAAAGCAUUACAAGCAGCCAACCAGAAGUCUUCUAGAAGCAUUAUUGCCAAGACGUGACUCUAAGAUAGCAUCUUCCAUGACUCAAAGUCUGUUUUCAAGAAAAGGCAGUGAGUUUAGGGGGGAAAAAAAGGAAAGAAGGCAGCUAGCUAGCAGAACUUCAUAACUGAAUAGGCAAUUAAGAAUCUCUUUCCAGUGGAAAAAUCUUCCACCACCAGCUGGCUUUAUUUUAACCCUAGUUUUAGUCCUGCAAUUGCUCAAUGAGAGCAGGAACACGAGUUUGCAGAGAGCUCUGUUAACAACAGCAAGGACCACACUGUAAACUGGCCCAAAAUGAUGACUCCAGAUCACCAGUGAUCCUCAGUACAAGUUAUUUAAGAGGAACAAGGGAUAAACCUACAACAUCCUUCACAGGCAAGUCUAUUUUUCCCCUUGCAGAAUGUUAUGAGAAUAUGUUUAUUCACUAGAACUCUGAAAUUAAGUAGUAACUCAACUUUCUCUCUGGGGACAUAUAGCAAUUUUCACUGCUUAAAAGCAUCUGGAAUAGGAAAAUAAUGUCAUUGCUCACAACUCCUGACAAUUACAUUCACAGGAACUUGGCUGCCUAGGAGCCUCCCAUGCCAUUGUGGGGAAGAGAAGCUUUUCAGUAAAGUUCCAGAGUGGAACACUGCCUUAUUUUAUGGUAAAGUGGGAAUUUCAGAACAUGCAUAUGUUAAAUGUCGAACAGCAAAAGUAUUAACUCUCACUAUAAAUCAUAGUGCUUCUUGGAGAAAAUUUGAUAGUUACCAGAAAAUCAUUAUAUUGAUACCUGAAGAUAUCAGUUGUGCACAAGGGAAGGAGAAACUGUAUUUUGUUAAUGAUUUUGUUUUUGACAGGCCACACAAAUUGUGUAGAUCCAAACCAGAAACUGUCUAGUGCCUCGAAUCCAUUAAUAUAUUUUUAGAAGUCCACUCUGUUCAGACAGAACAGACACCUGUAGGUUUAAGCAAGUGGACAGUAUGCACCACAUAAAUUUUUCUCCUGCUGUGUUGAAGACUCCAUCAGCCGUACUCCCCGCUUCUCUGCACUUUUAUCCCAAAGACCUGGUGUCUGCAGAAUCUUAAUGACAAGCUCCUCAAAGGCAUGUUGGACUCCAUCCUGUGUCUUGGCACUAGUUUCUACAGAGAGGAGAGAAAAAAAAGUUUAUGUUUUGUUUUAUUUGCAGAGAGUAUUCCUCUUUGUAAACAGCUAUUUUGGAAAACAGACAGAAGAUACUGUAAUGUAUAAACAACUGAACUUCAUCUCCUUUCUCCUUCAGAGGCAUGCCUAAUUGCGAUAAACAGAAACACAUCCCAUCAGUCUGAAGCAUCUCCUUUUUCCAUCUAGAAAAAUUCCACUAUCCCCUUUUCUCUCCACAGUAGUAAACAGAAAUUUUUCUCAGGUUGUGGUAACAAAUCUACAAAAGGAUUAAUCCAGAAAUAAGUCAGAAAACAAAGAAUGCAGAAUAUACACAUUCACUCCACUUCCUUCUCCAAAUCUUAUCAAGAGGCUUCACCUGUACGUGCCUCUUGUUUUCAAUACAGUUUUUUCCAUCUUUGCUAGCUUUGUCUUCACACUGUACAUUUUAUCGUUGGUCUAGCCAUAUUGUUUUUUAUGUAGCUGCAACAGAAACCCAGGAGUGAAAAAGAUUACCCGAGGUCUUUACUGAUAUCAGUCAGGAGGAAGAUUCCACUCUUCAGGGCUCUGAAUUAAAAAAGUCCUAACAAGGCUAAUAAUUUCAAAAGAAUAUAAAAAUCCAUGCCUACACAGUACAUGCAAUAAAUCUCACUUUCAGAAAAAAAAGUAUUCCCAACUGCAGUCAGCACACAGCAUCUUUGAAAAAAAUUAAGAUCUGUAUCCAUGCAUAUGGAACUGAUGCAGCAAAAGGAAUCCAUGUUCAUUAGCUAUAAAAAUCAACCUGAAAUGCAAUUAUACACUUAAUCCAUUCAUGCUCAGCAAUACCAAAAUAAAUAUAUAAAUAUAAAUGUUUUUGGCAAAGACUAACAUACCUAUAAAAAGCAGUGAGCGUUUCCUAGCAAACUGGAGUCCUUCUCUUCUCUCUACUUCACGAUCAGGCUGCAAGGAUGAAUGGAGAACAUGACUAAAAUAAGCUAUACUUGCCAGUUUUAAGAACUCCCUGGAAAAGCAGCACUGCAAACCUGAAGUUUUGCUGGAGAGAUAGAGAGCGGGAAAAAAAAAAAUCUGUAAAACCAUGUGGUAGUCAGUCAGUGACUGAAUUUUUCCUUUGUGCUCUAUAGUCAGUUAUUGGUGUUAGAACCAGUGGAGGGGAUCAAAGUGAACAAUAGCAACAUCGAAUCACCAGGAAUGUGCUGCUGCCUUCUGAACCAACUGGAAGGGAGGAAGGUGUAUGCCAAGAAGGAGGCUGCCAUAGUCAAAUGGCUCGAGAUGUACAUCAAAGAUGCUUGAGAAGUGAGAGAUUUGAAAAAGGACAGAGAAGGAUAACACCACCAAAAUCUCAAAACAAAAGCAGUACCAACUACUUGACAUAUGCAUGCAGCCAGAUAAACACCAUUCAGCUAGGUCGGGAUAGCCGCACUGGAAACCUCUUGUAGUCAACCAAGACUGAAAUACAUCAUCUCACCAUGAAACAGGCAUUUCGGAUGCUUCAAGCCAUCCCAGAAACGCUCAGAGAGCAAUGCAUCUAGUGUCCACACAGACACACACUCUAAUAGCCAUCUCAAGGUAAGAGCAGAAUUCUUCCUCCUCCUCCCCCCAUCUGUUGAAAACACAUGGUCUGCUCAAAAAGAAGUUGUUAUGUUGUUGCACUGCAGUUAACUUCACUGGCAUUUAUCUUCAGCAGCUUAGGCAGAACAUUUUGCUAUCUUCUUUUAAGACAAUUUCUCUCUCAUUAAUUGCAUCUUUCUGGGACAGUUUCCAUUAAAUUCUUAAGAAGAUCUGCUUCUAAAAUGAGGUAGUAAAUGAAGAAGAUGGAGCCUGCUCCACCUGGCUCCCUCAGUUACAGAACAUAUCACCACCUUACAUAAUAGAAGUGUAACUUUCAGAGCUUAUCUCAUGUUUAUGCUCCGUUAUGACUGAGUAUUCAGUGGAAGCAUGUAAGAUGAUGCAUUGCCAAACUGACCUUAUCAGUUUUAUUGCCAACUAACAUCUUCACAAUGUUGCUUCUGGUGGUGUACGUUUCCAGCUCAUUCAGCCAGCUCUCUAGUCCUGUGAAAGUGUCUUUUCUUGUAACAUCAUACACU